GGCCAAAAAAUCAAUUUUUGAAAAUGACAGAUGAUUGUUGUAUUUGUUUGUCGCAGUAAUUAUAAAUAAAGUAAUUUGAUUUAUGUAUUAAUCAAUCGUGUGUUUUUCUUCAUUGCGCUAUCUGUAAUGUGUAUACAAUCGUAUAGUAUUUAGUGUGUACAGUGGUUUCGUUUUAUACUAGUGCGUAUAUGCAUAGUUUCUAUUGUGAUCGAUGAUGUAAGACAGUAGGACUCCUCACAAGGUCGGCGGUUUAUUGUUUCGGUUUUUUCGGAUAUCCAUGAUGGAGAGUGAUAAUACGAGUAACUGUAAUCAUGAGAAGGAAGAGCACGAAAGCAGUUCCCAUUCGACACCGCAAGAGCAUAGGAGUUUUGCUGAAUUUGCGAAAGAUAAAUUGGAUAGCGCUGGAAGGGAGCUCCGGAGACGUCUUCCCAUGGCAGGGCUCGGUGCUCACCUCAUGCACCCAAGGAGGCUUCUGUUACACUCAACUCCCACCCAGCAGACUGAUGUUGUCCUCAUAUUUCCAAAAGGUCUCCCAGACAGCAUGCUGCUGUGGCUACUACAGAAGCUGCGCGGCAGUCGGCCCCGCUUGCGUGUGUGCGUGCGCCAACACGCGUCGUCUCAGUGCUCCGCCUUCUACAUCACUGCUGAUGACGAUGUUCUCUUGCAAACUGCUGAAGAGAUCCACCUUCCGAUGUUAUUGAAGCCGGAGUUCGGCGGCGGGUACAAGGAGUUCACUGUUCGCGACAUGCAUUGUUUUCAAAGGGGAUCAUCGGCCGCAGAGCUACUCAGUUCGCAAGAGCGGGGCGCGUUAGUGAAGCACGUGCUCGAGUCGGCACGCGCGGAGCCCGGCGACGAGCGUGCUCUGGAGCCCGCACUUACUCUGCGACCGGGACAAAGUAUUGUGCCAGCGUGCGUGAGCCGUGGUGUCGUGGCGAGUAUGUUCCCACUGCACGAGCGCACCGCUCUGGAGAGCCUGCGCAAGAAGUGGGUGAAGACGUUGUUCACACCGCAACCGUUGGAUGAAAUAAGUGAAUAUUUCGGGGUGAAAAUAGCGAUGUACUUCGCAUGGCUGGGACACUACACACAGUCGCUCACGGUGCCGGCCGUCGUGGGGUUUGUGUUUUGGGUUUGGCUGGGAACGGCAAACGAUUAUUGGAAAGACAUAGCGUAUGUGCUGUUUUCACUGUUUAACGUUUUAUGGGCCUGCGUUUAUUUGGAGACGUGGAAGAGAUACUCGAAUGUGUUGGCGUACCGAUGGGGUACUUUGGACCAAAGGGAUGAGCUACUGGUGGAGCCUCGUCCGUUGUUUCAAGGAGAGAUGGGCACGAGCGAGGUGACGGGCCGGCCCGAGCCGCAGUACGCGGCGUGGCGGCGGCGCGUGUGGCGGCACUGCGUGUCUCUGCCGCUCAUGUUGCUGUGUCUCGCGGUCGCGGGGCUCGCCACCUUCGCCUUGUUGCGCACGCAGGACUGGUGGGAGGAAACUAUAUACUAUUUCAGUUGGAUACCGCGCGCGUUUUUGGCCAUUUUGAUCGCAGUCGAGGAGGAAGUGUACGCACGCAUCGCCAGAUGGCUCAACGACAAAGAGAACUAUCGACUCGAGACAAAGUAUGAAAAUCAUCUGAUUCUCAAAAUAGCAUUGUUUCAAUUCGUCAACUCGUUUAUGAGUUUGUUCUACAUUGCGUUUUAUCUGCAGGAUAUGGAUAAAUUAAAAGAGCAACUUGCAGUAUUGCUUAUAACCAGACAGAUUAUCGGGAACCUUAAAGAAUCGGCGUUACCAUACCUCAUCGAGAACAUGAGGUUGGCCAAAAUGUGCUUCGAUGUGUUCGGUGCUAUAAGCCCUAGCAAAAUACCGACAGCUGCGCAACUGACAGAGGUGUUCGAAAAGAAGACGUCAUCUUCUGGAGAUCCGCCGGAGAUGUUGAUAAACGGCACAGAGAAGGAGGAGAGGCGUUACUCCGACUCUCUUGUGGGGCAGAAGAUCAUACACCAAGCGGAACUGGAGUCACAGUUGUUCAAGUACGACGGCACGUUCGCGGAGUACCUCGAGAUGUUGACACAGUUAGGCCACGUGGUCCUGUUCUCUGCGGCGUUCCCGCUGGCCGCGUUAUGCGCGCUGCUGAACAACGCGUGCGAGGUGCGCGCGGACGCCUUCAAGCUGUGCCACGUGGCGCAGCGGCCCUUCGGCGAGCGGGUCAGCAGCAUUGGCAGCUGGCAGCAUGCGAUGGAAGCGAUGGUCGCCGUGGCGGUGUUGGUGAACUGCGCUCUCAUUGGGCUCUCCGGGCCCGUGCAUAGACUCUUGCCGGACGCAACGCCCGCGCAGACGAUUCUAGUCAUUGUGGCACUGGAGCACGUGGUGCUGGUGAUAGUGCUGUGUCUGCGGCUCGCUAUCCCCGAGAUCCCGGCGUGGCUCGCCACCGAGAUGGCCAAGGUCGAGUUCCAACGACGCGAGGCCAUCAAGAAUGCGCACGCGCCUCUACUGUCGGAAGGCACCAGCUCGGACGACGUGCGUUUUUCGAGUCGCACAACGCCGCGGACGAUGACGCCCACCACUCCGAAACAGAACGACAAGCCGGUGGACAAGAAACGCAUCAACAUCGGCAAAAUAUCUGAAAUACCUCCAUUCAGGCCCAAGGCGGCAUCUGUAACAGAGCCCACGGUAACCACGGGCUCGCUCCAGUUGCUACAAGACGUGAGCCCCACAAAACCUGUGCGGCGUAAGGAGGGCACGCCCGGAGCGCCGCUGUCUUUGCUGGGGGUACGCGGGCUGAGGGACGAGCCGCUGCACAGGUCGGCGCACUGCAUCCCGCACCCCGCGCAACACAAGCCGCUGAUCAACCCCACCCUGCAGGAGCUAUCAGGCAGCGUGACCGCGGGAGGGUCUGAGCCGGACUUGAACGCGGUUCCUCUCACCACGCCCUCCAUGGAAACCAGCGCUACCUCCAGUGAAGAUGACAAACCCAAAGACAAAAGCAGUCGUUCCCGAGCACGGGCAGCACUAGUAAAGCGCGUGCGCUCGGUGGCGGUGUUCUCGCUGGGGCUGCGCAAGGCGCGCGAGGCCGCGCUGGCCGCGGACAAGCACUCGCCGCACACGCCCGACCGGCCCCACACCACGCCCGUAUGUAUCUCCCUCAGCUAGCGACGCGCGUGCUCUCGGUGGCGGUGUUCUCGCUGGGGCUGCGCAAGGCGCGCGAGGCCGCGCUGGCCGCGGACAAGCACUCGCCGCACACGCCCGACCGGCCCCACACCACGCCCGUAUGUAUCUCCCUCAGCUAGCGACGCGCGUGCGCUCGGUGGCGGUGUUCUCGCUGGGGCUGCGCAAGGCGCGCGAGGCCGCGCUGGCCGCGGACAAGCACUCGCCGCACACGCCCGACCGGCCCCACACCACGCCCGUAUGUAUCUCCCUCAGCUAGCGACGCGCGUGCGCUCGGUGGCGGUGUUCUCGCUGGGGCUGCGCAAGGCGCGCGAGGCCGCGCUGGCCGCGGACAAGCACUCGCCGCACACGCCCGACCGGCCCCACACCACGCCCGGUCCUCCGGCGCCAAUGCUCGGCGGCGAGCUCUCUCUCAUACCCAUCGAGCAACUCAUACAAGUGGAGGACGUCAAACCGCGUUCUGUUUCAUAAGUAUACCCCCCUUUUAUGUUCAAUGUAGCGUACUAUGUUAUAUUCGUUUGUAAUGUCCUGUAUCUAAUACUACAAGAGCUGCGUUCUUUUUCGCUAUGACAUUUAAUAAGACGCACUACCAUGCGAAUUGUGGCGUAAUGCAUCUAGUCCUUUGGUCCGGGCACAAAAUGUUUAUUUAUGAUCAUACUGUUCAAACUUUGUGUAUGCGCCUUAAUUGGAAGUCGGACAAAUCUUAUCCUAGUGAAAUAUGGUAAGGCGUUUUCCUUACGAAGCCACUUUCCAGACUUUGCUAUGAGCCAUAAUGUCUGUGCGAUAUAUGCCCCCUAAAAUUGUCUGCAAGGGUUACCACUUGAUUUUAAAUAUCUUGUUAAAAAUUAUUCCGCAAUAAUCUAAUUGUAAGUUUUUAUAAUUUUAUGACAUAUACCUUGUAAGAUAAAAAUUCAACCUCAGAGCCGAUUUUUGCGGAAUGAUGUAAGAACUCUUUAUUAAAUUAUGUUCAACUAAGGAGUAAUCUUUAAUCUGUACAAUGCAAAAUGGUGCCACAAUUCUGGGAAUAGCUUUGAAUAUCAUAGAGAAAUGGAACUGUGGUCGGAAGAAUUACGUCAGCUGUUAAAAAUACUGGUUUCCCUAAAUAUUUGUGUGUGCUUAGUUUCAGAAAUUAAACGAUCGAUAUUGAGGAUUUAACUAUAAUUUCUACUGGUUCCGUGUGGUUUAUUUUCUUUUAAUCUUGCAAAGUCACAUACUGUCAAUUAUAGUGUAAGUAAUUCAUUACUAUCAUCACAAAGUUGCCAUUUUAUCACCGAAUUCGAUAUUGCUUACAUCCAGUCUGUCUACCGUUAGUGCAUUUAAGUCAUACCUGGGAGGCUAUUCUGUAACGAUAUUUUUAUCACUUUGACAUUGUGAGCUUCAAACUCGCAUCUAUCGCUCUCUGUCUAUAGUAUAAUUUUAAACAGAGAGAGAUAGAGGUGAAUUGGAAACAAUAUACAAAACAUCGUUACAGAAUAGGCUCCCUGAAUCAAAUAAAAUAAAAACAUUACAGUGGUUGUUUAUACUAUUACUGUUUUAAUAUACUGAAUUUAAUACGCGAAUAAAAUUGAGACAAUUUGUCGGGAUUGAGUAUAACUAAUUGUUAAUCGUGAGCUUGUUUAUGAAACUCUAUUUCAGUAUAAAUAAAACAAGUUAUAAAUAACUACCUCAUAUCUCUUAUUAAUUUAUAUUCUUUUAACAUGUCACGAGGUGAAUUUUACUCGUAACGUUUGGCUGACGUAUUUCUUGAGGUCACCUGCUCUUAGUGUAUACGCACAAUACAGGCGGAUACAGAAAAAUUAGGAUAUUUUAUUUAACUGAUUACUUUGUGUUGUUGUAAAAUAAGCUUUAAUCCUGUUCAACGACAUAUCAUGGGAAGAGAAAGGCAUAUUGUCAACCAAAGGCAUAUAGCGGAUGAGUUGAAAUAUAAGAGAGAGCUCUUUCGUCCUAAGUUCAAACCGAUUAUCUUCUAUUGGACUUGUAUUUUCUAUAGGUUUUUGAAGGGGACGAUUUAAACUUACACAUCGAAAAUAUUUAACACCAAGAAAUUUAGCCUGUGUUCUUACACUACAGUCUACAUACAACUAUAAAUUUUAAUUCGUUAUACACACAUGUGUAAUUUUAAUUCAAUGAAACAGCGAUUGUAUAGAUGCAGUUUGUAUGAACACGUUUGAUCAUGAUCAAAUAAUUUUUACAGAGGGGUAGUCUCGAGGCAGGCGGUAUUCCUCUAAGCCGAGGUCCGAGUCUCAGAGAAGACGCCCUUAGACAGUCGUUCUGCCCAUUUACUCUGCUUCUGCCUUCGGGCCCCAUCAGGCGAUGAUUCUGCGCUCGCUCAAACCCCUCGGUAACGCCGCUGAGAUCCCAUAAGGAGCCAACAGCACUUAUGCAAUCAGAAAAAAAAGCGGGCGGUGACCCCUAUAGAAGGUAAUUGGUCUGAGGUCCCAACGCAACAAAUGCGAGCGAUAUUUUUGAGUCUGACACUAUUGGUCGACAUUUGUCGUUCUCUCAACUCUAGAUGUGUCGUGUCGCGGUCGUGGUCGUAUCUUAAACCUAAUGAAGCCAUAUUAAUACGGUCUUUUUUGUGUGUCUAAAUUAUUUUUGCCUGGCAUCUCCACACACUGUUCUUGUAUUGUGUCUACUAAGCGAAAGCCGUGACGACGCACUAUAAUGUGACUGAAAAUCAUAUAUUAAGUCAGACAAUGUGCUUGUAUUUUUGAACUAAUAACUUCUUAUGGCAGUGUAAACGUAACGCGUUACGAAGCUGUUAUUUUUCUCACUGCCAUUUUGCGAUUGCGUACCGUGACGUCACAUGUUAUUCAAAGACACCGCCUAAACUUAAUGCAUACGGUUACGGCACUUCUCCAAUGGGCCAAGAGCGAGCGUUUUUCUAUAUUGACUUUCCCAGGGAUUUUAUACAUUUUUUUAAUAGUUAAAAUUCACAAUUUAAACUCACAAGUCAAAAAAUUCUUUUUGUAAAUGUGAAUUAACUGUUUUCAAGAACAAUGUGAAAAUGUCUUGAGUGCUAGAUAAAAUAAUUAAGAUACAGUAUAUUUUUGUUCCAAUAAAUAUUAUAAUUAGUCGAUACCUAUGGCAAUAAAUUCGAUGUAUAAAGCCGAUCGCACAUCUAUCACGUAAAAUAUUAUGCGCAAACGUUUUUAAUAAAAUAAUAUAAUAAGAUGCUAUAGAUCUGCGAUCAACUUUAAUUGUUACAUAUAGCUCUUGUUUAUAUGAAAUUAAUUAAUUAUUAAUCGUACUUUCUCACUUAAAAAUGCUUUUUGUAAUGUGAUAUUUUAUUUAUGGAGCUGUCCCUUUUUUAUUAUUAAUAUUAAUAUUAACAUAACAUUAGUGUGUAUAAAAUCUCUUGCAAUAAAUUAUACAUAUAGCAAUAUGAACAUAUUAAUAUGUAUUUAAAAAUAAUUUUAAUUAUUUUUUAAUUACCAAUAUGUAUAUUUCACGUCACGAAAGUUGGAAAUAUGGCAGUUAUAAUAGAAAUAAAUAAAGAAGUGCAGCCUUAAUGAGUAGGGUAGGGGUAGGAUAGGGUAGGGGGUAGGGUAGUGGUAGGGUAGGGGUAGGGUUGGGAUAGGGUAGGAUAGGGGUAGUUGAAAGUUUACAACGACUUUCACGCGGACGAAGUCGCGGGCGUCCGCUAGUUAUAAAUAAAGUUUCGGAAUAUUUUAAUGCCACCGGGGAAUACCUUACUUCACAACCAAGGGAUUUCAUUCCCGGCACAGGUCAAAGGCUUAACCGCUAGGUGACACUUUUUUUAAGUCUUUUUUUUAAAAGGGUCUUAAAUUGUUCAUUAUCGUUCUACUAGAUUGAAAAAAAUAUCAAAUUUUUUUGAGACAUGGAUACAUAUACAAUACGAGCCAAAUCGCUAUCCGUCAUGAUGGUCUUUAUUUUUACCUGUGGAUUUUCAUCCUCCUCCUAACAAGUUAGCCCGCUUCCAUCUUCGAUCGCAUCAUCAGUUACUAUCAGAUGAGAAUGUAGUCAAGGGCUAACUUGGAAAGUAUAAAUAAAAAAAAAUAGCGUGAUCAUUUAACAUCGGGUGAUGUACAAUCAAAUAAUACCUAUACCUGCCGACCGCCAACUUUGGUGAUGCGAAGUUAUAUCCCUUUAGUUUCUAGAAUGAGCUAGGAUGUUGUUUAGGUGAUAUUUAACCAGCGUAAUCGUAGGAAGUUGUCGACAGUGUAACGAAAUAAAAUUAUUAUAGCGUUAACUGUAGUUACAUUUUUGUACGCAUAAACAGUGACUGGGCAAAGAUCGCUAUAUAUUAGUGUUUAUUUACACGAGCGGCAACUGCUACCGGCGACUGCAGUCAGCGACGUCUCAGCGGCAGGCAACGGCAGUCAGCGACGUCUCGGCGGCAGCCAACGGCAAUCGACUGCAGUCGGCGACCGCCGCCGAGACGUCGCCGACUGCGGUCGUCGGUAGAGUUGCCGCUCGUGUAAAUGAACCCAGAUAGAAUGGCUGUGUAUAAAACUGUCUAAGUUCUGUUGAUUUAAUUUGCUUUAUGAAACCAUCGGUAGGUCCAGUAUAGCGUGAUUUUUUAAUAUUUUCCAUGGGAAACCAUGACGAACAAUGCCAACUAUCGUCAGACCCCAGACUUCGUGGCAUAUUAUCUGGACCUUUGAAACGUGCUACCUCUUAAAACCAACACAGUAAACUCCAUAAUUGGCUACUUAUCUUACCUAUGGUAGGAGCGUAGGUAUGCUGAUACAUAUUUAUUUUUGGAGUUCCAUCUAUGUUUUUUAUACUAUUUUCUAUUGCAUAUAAAAGUGCACAAAAAGUACACACACCUACAUAAAACGUGGAGAGACAAAAUUUCGCUAAAAACCAAAAAUCAAACUUGGUGCGUCUUCUCCAUUUUCCUUCAUGGAGCUGAUACUUGGACUUUGAGAUCUGCUGACUAUAGGAAAAUAUUAUAUUAUAGGAAAAUACUCCGGAUCCAAUGGACUGCAUUUCGGUUGUUACUAUACUUGCUCAACUCAGAGUCAAAAACUAGGCUCUCUACCAUCUGUCUAAAGCAUAUCCUUGAAUACUUCGGACACAUUGCCAGGAAAGACGGAGAUAAUCUCGAGAAACUGAUGGUCACUGGCAAAGUGGAGGGAAAGAGGCUGCGGAUCAGAUCAGAGACCACACUUGACUCUACAGUCUACAAUGCUCUCCGGGUGGGCGAAGAUAGUACACGACGGCCUCCGUGGCGCAGUGGUAUGCGCGGUGGAUUUACAAGACGGAGGUCCUGGGUUCGAUCCCCGGCUGGGCAGUUUGAGAUUUUCUUAAUUUGUCCAGGUCUGGCUGGUGGGAGGCUUCGGCCGUGGCUAGUUACCACCCUACCGGCAAAGACGUACCGCCAAGCGAUUUAGCGUUCCGGUAUGAUGCCGUGUAGAAACCGAAAGGGGUGUGGAUUUUCAUCCUCCUCCUAACAAGUUAGCCCGUUUCCAUCUUAGACUGCAUCAUCACUUACCAUCAGGUGAGAUUGUAGUCAAGGGCUAACUUGUAAAGAAUAAAAAAAAAAAAAAAAAAAACGAUGGCGUGACAAUAAAACUGAAAGUCAUGGGUAGUCACAACCCUCAUAUAUGAGGAACAGGACUGAAGGAGGAUACCUACACGCCAUUUGUUAAACGUGCAUGAUAGCUAGUUUUGUAAUAAACCUAUUACCAAUGGGUCCUAAAAUUAAAAUCAAUUUAAAAUUAGGUCCCUUAAAACAAUAGAAUUUAGUAUGGAUAAGUGUAAUGCCAUGGUAAUGCCCAAUUACGCAAAUGGCUAUGCUUUUUUAUAUGCGUUAAAAAGUUAAAUUUCAAUUGUUAAUACAAACUAAUUAUGAAACUUAAGUAAUUAUAAAAAAUACAUUAAAUAAAAAUCAUAAUCCGGAGUAAAUGUAAGAUAAAAAUUGACAACUUUUGAAAGGUUAAUGAUUAAAUAGCUGAUGGUUGAAUUUUGAACAUUUUUUAAGAAGUUUGUACAUAAGAAAUUUUUCGAUGUUGUUGACGCUUGAGUGGUAAGUAUAGCAAAAUGUUUCUCGACGCCUCUGAUGUCUAUAAGCAAUCGUCAGACAAUAAGUCAGUCAACCAAUGUUAACUUGGAUCAACAAUUUAGUACUACGAGUAGAUAUGUAGAUUGCCGACAAACGCCUUAAAAUUAUUUCAAUUUUAAAUUGUAAUUUUUGCAUGUUCUAUUCCAUAUUUAGGUAGGUAAAUAAAGUUUAUAUAUUCAUAAAUCUUCCACGUGUCUUUUUUUUGAUAUACGCUGCAGAAAAUGUUAUUUACUAAUAAAAUUUUCUGCAGCGGAUUUACGAGGGCUUGAAUGCUAGGUUAGGUUAACUAAAACCUUAUUGCCAUUAUGGCAUCUAACUCUGAGCAUAUUAUUAUUGCCGAAAUUCGGCCGAGAGAAUGUUGUAUUAGUAGGUAAUUUAGUACACAAAUCUAAGUAGGUACAAAUGCCUUUUUCGUUAUUAAUUUGUCGAACCUUUACUAAAUUGUUGAUCGAAGGUAUUUAUAUAUGUUAAUGUAAUUACUAGUUCUUAUAUUGUGUACUUAUCUAUAUCUAAAACUGAGUUGAAACCAACAGCGUUGAUGUCUAUAGACUUAUUUUUUUCAAAUCCUAUUAUGGUGCCGCAAACUUUUCGGUGGCGAAAAAUUAAACUAACGUCACGGCACCGCGGUGAGCAUUUUUCAAAACAUGGGCGACAAAUUUUUGGUACUAGGUAUAGGUUGUCAUUUUCCGUAUGCGCCAUGCACGUUUCUUGAACCCUUUUUUUGCUUACUAAUUGCCUAUUAAAUAAGUAACCGUGGGACAUCAGGCAAUGGAUAACUUUGACUAUACAAAUUAGAAAUGACGUACUUAAUUUCUAAUUUGUUUGUUGGUAAACAGUACACACAUCGAGAAGUGCUAUAGUAUGGUAAUCUAUUUAUUUCCAAAAAAAACUGCUUAUUUUUUUUCGUUAAAGUUGCGAUUCUCUCGUUAAGACGCGAAUAAUGAAAAUUGUGUAGAAACAUAUCUAAAUCCUCACUCUUUGUAUAUUAUCAUGCCAACAAAACGCUGCCUCCCAAUAUAGCAUUUAAUACACCUACCUAUAGAGAGAAUUAGUACCUAUUAGUUAUUAGCUUGUAAGAACAAUAUUUAUGCUUGAAUUAAAGAGUUCUUUUCAUUACACUUAUUUGAAGAAUAUAUGUUUGUUAGUGCUGCUUAAAAAUAAAUUAAUAUUAAUAAACCUAAAUUAAGAGAGUCUUAAGGAUUCAACGUCCCCCUAGUCAGUAUUCAGAAUUUCACAGGAAUACACGAUUCAUGUGUACGCAAAACCCUAAAAACCUAAAAACCUUAGCAAAUCAUUCCGCCCCCUUACGUUUUUUCCAACCCCCUUAUGAUGCUGAUGAUUAUGGAGCUUACAGCAAAUAGUUAACUUUGUUGCAAAAAAUGUAUCCUAUUUUUAAGUGUACUUACGUAAGUUUCACGUCAAGUUAUAUUAAUUUCGUUUUAGAGAUAAAUGUCUAAAGUAGAGGAGAACAUCAUUUUUGUAACAGUAAUUAAAAAGUAUUUAAUUUGCAUAAGAGUUAAUUUUUUUCUUGAUAAAUUAAAGUUUAUUGGUAUUUAUUGUAAAAGAAAGAAUCUUUAUGUGCUUUUUGAUUAGGUUGAUAUGAAAGUUGAAAAGUUGAGGCCCACAUAAAGCCUGCCACUUACCAAUACUACUUAUAGUAGUGUCUCGCCAAGUCAAUUGUAUUAUGUUUAUUACAACCGUAAAUUUGUGAACUGGUGAUCUAAAUGCUUUAUUCUUUAUAGCAUUGCGAUGUAGCAGAAUUGAAUAUUUGUUAUUAAUUAUGUAAUUAUUUUUUAUACGGAGUAUUGAUAAAUGUUGCAUUUUAAGUAGAAUAUAAAUUUUAUGUUUGCAAAAUGAUAAA